AUGUCCUGCAAAAAUAUAAUAGUAGAAGACAGUCAACAACAAACACAAUCGUCGAAUAAUGCUCCCUUGCCCCGGUCAGGCAGCAACGACCUUGAGAAGCACAGUAUUACUAAUUCUACUUCUGAAUCUGUGGAUUUUGAUAUCCCCGACGGCGGAUAUGGCUGGGUUGUUGUGGUUUGUAGCAUGCUAAUUAAUGGCUGUUGUUGGGGUGGUAUUUCUGGCUUUUCAGUGGUUUUAGCUCACUACUUGCAAUUCAACACUUAUGAAGGUGGUACAAAAAUUGAUUACGCGGUCAUUUCAGGUCUUUGCUUUGGCUCAGGUCUAAUAUUCUCCCCUUUUAUUGUUUACUUGAUAGGAAUCACUAAUUUCCGAAUGAUAAUGUGUAUUGGAGCCUUGGCUCAAUUCGCUUCCCUCAUGUGUGCCUCUUACAGCACGAAAAUUUAUCAAAUUUACCUAACCCUGGGUGUCCUUAGUGGAUUUGCUCUUGCUUUGAUGGCAAGCAAUCUUCCUUCAAUAAUUCCCCAGUGGUUUAGCAGAAGACGAAGUCUUGCUAUGGGGAUUUCUGCCGCUGGCAGUGGUUGUGGAGGGCUCAUGUUCAACUUAGCUUUGCAGCGAAUUAUUGAUAUCCUGUCUGUUCAAUGGGCCAUUCGCGCCCAGGCAAUUAUUGUUGGUGUCGUUGUUUUCACUUGCUCAUUAUUGCUUCGGACUAGAGGGGAUGUUAUCAAACCUAAAUUCACGGCAUGGGAUAAUUUAGUGGCCUGCUCAUUCCCGUUCUGGAUGCUAGCUCUGUGGUACGUCUUCACCAUGUUGAGCUAUGUGACCUUACAAUACGUUAUUGCUGAUGCAACUAAAUCUUUGGGAUACUCUCCAGAUCAAGGCUCGAUAACCAGUGCUCUCAUGGCUGCCGGAGUAAUUGUCGGAAGACCAAUAUUGGGGCAUUUAUCAGAUGCAUUUGGCUCCAUCACCAUUGGAAUGUUAACAUACUCACUUUGUGGGGUUUUGUGUUUAGCAAUGUGGUUACCGGCUAGCAACUUGGCCACGAUUUAUGCUUUCUCCAUGAUCGAGGGUGCUACAAUGGGAUUUAUUUGGGGUGCCAUGGGAGCAAUAAUUCCAAGAAUAACCGGACUCAAACGGUCACCGGUGACUUUUGGGAUGUCCUGGAUAUUUAUUGGUGGAGCAGGUAUCGUGGCUCCCAUAAUUGGAUUGGCAUUGAAAAGACCUGAAAAGUCGGUUAAUCAAUAUAAUGAUGUGGCUAUUUUUUCUGGAAUUUGUUUUCUUGUUGCUGCCGCAUCAUUAUGUAUUUUGCGAGCGUAUAUUAUUGCAAGAGAUGAUAUAGCAGCUCAGAAUGACCUGGGAACCUCAAACCUAGAUGAUGACAAGGAAUUAAAAAUAAGGGUGGAUCCAAACUUGGUAUGGAAGAAUAUUAUGGUUAUUAAGCCGCGGUUGAAAGUGUGA